AUGUUUUAUAAAAUUGUAAAUAACAUUGUUAUAUUUAUUAUCCUUAUACACCUCGAGUUCGUUAGUCGUGUGCUCGUUAAAAUGGCGCGUAUAUUUUAUUUCAUUUUCUUUGUCUGUAUUUUGUUCGGGUUUGCGUACUCCGAAUCACCGACACCAAGAUGCCAGGAUCCCAAUAAAAUAUAUGAAUGCCGGUCCGACUGGGACACGGGGACUUGCGCAGAUAGAUAUAAGUCCCCCCCGUUCGCCCCCACACCACAAGACGUAUGCCGCUGUUAUUGCAAAAGAGGUUCCUACGAGGACAAGUGCGGCAAAUGUGUUGCUUUUGAUGAUUGUGACUAAACAGACCAGGUGUUAAAUGAAAAUCCACAUAAAAAACAACAUUUUAAUUAAAUGUUUUAAUAAAUAAAUAGAAA